AUGAUCGGCGGAGAAAUCAAGCUGAGUAUUGAAACUAAGUUUGCCCUCACUUUAGGUAGCUCAGAAGCUGCUGCUCAUGGGAGUACUACUUCGCAAGACACGAAAGAGCAGGAGGAGAUGAAAGGAGAAGCGGCUGUUGUGACCUCUGAACCGGUGAGGGAGGAACUGGUCCAGAGUGCCAUUAGUUUUCUGAGUCACCCCAAAGUCGUGGCAUCUUCCGAUGUCCAGAGGCGUUCCUUCCUGGAAAAUAAAGGGCUCACCGUGGACGAAAUUGAAGAAGCAUUUCGUCGUUUACUUAGCCCACCUUCAAACUCUACAAACUCAAAUAUGUGUGAAUCUCAAGGAAGUCCUGAUCCUGAAACUGUAACCCCUGUGGUGCCCCGGCACCCAAAAUCAUAUAUGGAGGUCAUGGAAAUGAUACAGAGGGGAGAGCGGCCAGAUGAUAUCCAGGAUAUUAAUGAUGAGCCACCAAACCCUGAUCAGCCAAUCUCGAAACCCAGUAUGGCACCCAAGCCCAAGCCAUGGGAGAAGCAAGGCCAACAAAGUUCCGGUUGGGACCUGAAAGUGCUCUCAAGCGACCCAAGCGAAUUGUCGUCAGGAGUUCGAACCGAUAGCACCAGCCAGGCCACGGAAUUAAACAAUAGCUCCGGUUACGGGGAUUUGAUGCUGACGGCAGAGCCGGCUACAGGCUCCAAAGCCCCCGUGGAUGACGUUGCCGCCUCGCCGAAGCAGUAA